ACUGACGUGCGUGCAUGGAAAAUAUAACUAAAAUCAGAUCUGUUCUAACUUAUUUUUAUUGAAAUUACACAUAUCUCACGGACAUGGACAACUUCGGCCUUGGAGGAGUGGAUCUCAGCAAGGGGCAAAUGUUCCAAGUUUUGAUUCGUCUCUCUGUGGCUUCGUUGAUAACAUAUUAUUCGGUUAAAUGGAUGAUGAACCAAUUGGACCCGACUAAAAACAAGAAAAAAGCGAAAAUACUUGCUGAAGAGCAGCUAAAAAGACUUGCAGAGAAAGAUGGCUUUAAACUCAAUCCCCAGGAGUUUAAUGACUACGAGUUAAUGAUUGCGUCACAUCUCGUUGUUCCGGCCGACAUACAAGUUAGUUGGUCGGAUAUAGCUGGCUUGGAUACGGUUAUUCAGGAGCUACGCGAGUCCGUAGUUCUUCCGGUGCAACACAAGGAUCUCUUCAAGCGUUCAAAACUUUGGCAGGCGCCCAAGGGUGUUUUGCUGCACGGUCCGCCUGGGUGCGGGAAAACCCUGAUAGCAAAGGCCACGGCCAAAGAAGCCGGCAUGCGCUUUAUCAAUUUGGACGUUGCUAUUCUUACCGACAAGUGGUACGGGGAAUCCCAGAAACUAACUUCCGCCGUCUUCUCUCUGGCCGAAAAAAUCCAGCCAUGUAUUAUAUUCAUUGACGAAAUCGAUUCCUUCCUGCGUUCCCGUAAUCUUAACGACCAUGAGGCCACCGCCAUGAUGAAGACACAGUUUAUGAUGCUGUGGGAUGGCCUCAGCACCAAUUCCAAUGCAACAGUUAUUGUGAUGGGCGCCACAAAUAGACCGCAGGACCUGGACAAGGCCAUUGUGCGCCGCAUGCCAGCUCAAUUCCACAUUGGCCUUCCGUCUGAAAUACAACGAAGAGAUAUACUUCAGUUGAUUUUGCAGUCGGAAGAAAUUAGUGGUGAUGUGGAUUUGAAUCGUUUGGCCAAACUCACUAAUGGCUUCUCGGGCUCUGAUCUCCGGGAGAUGUGCCGCAACGCAUCCGUUUUCCGGAUGAGACAGCUUAUCGGGGCUGGUGAUUCAUCCGGAAACUUGCCGACAUUGGAUCGAAAUAGCGUCAAUAUCACAAUGGAUGACUUGCUAAGCUCACUUAAAAUUAAGGAGUCAAAGAUGCACACUGGGAGUCUAUUUUUAGAGAACAGAAUUGAACUAGACUAAGUCCUUUACGGUUGGUUGAAUAAAUCUUAAAAAGAAACUUAAA